AUGGCUCUACAACAGCAGCAUCCAGGAAGCGCGACGACUGGGGAUGAACCUUGCGAAGAAAGUCCCUAUGGCAUCUUCGUAGAGGAAGAUCUCAUCGAUGAUUCGACUGGAAUAAUCCCGACAAAGGGACUAGGCAUAACGCUCAGCCUGAAGGAACGGUUCGUAAGGCGCCUAUCAAAGAUGCUAGGCACCGCAGCGAACAUACGAGAGGCGCCCAACGUCGACGCCAUGGAUGUCUUCUUGACUAGAGACAAACAGUCGCCCCGGCCAAACAUUGCGCUUGAUGAAGGACUACGCAAAUUUGUGCGCGAGCUCGAAGAUGGGCUGGCCGCUGUUGCGACUCAUUCUUCUGGACCGCCACUCGACCGCGCUUGCUCAGAACUAUGGGAUAUCAUUCUUAUAGCCAACUACGAUAAAGUCGAACAAGUCAUACGAAGUAUACAAAAGGGCUUCGAAGAGAACCGGACUACGUUCGAUGAGCUUGUUACGAGAAUGUUCGGCAUUGAUGACGCUAACGCUAAAGGGUCACUGAUGGAUCGAGAACUUGGCGAUGAUAUCAUCAGGCUAUCUCACGAUGUCCAUGCUUUCGAUGGCUCAAUGAGAGAUUUGAAUAAACUCAUCCAGUUCGCUUCAACUACAACCAGGGUAAAUCACAAUCUACGGGAUCGGCUGCGAUACCUUCUAGAGAAGACUCACUUCGCCAACAAGUUGUUCGACCUCAUCUGCGCCCUCGGCUUUCCCGAACGUCUCUACAGCACCUUGGUUCGGGCUGCUAGGUCUUCGCAAACGUUCAGGAACGUUAACUUCCACUUAAGGCCUCAGUCGCCGGUGAAGAAUGUUUCGUUUGCCACUCCGAUGGCGAGCGCGAUGUCCUUAAGCACCAUCAAGCCGACCUCACCACCUCGAAAGGAGAAGUCGAAGCGGAUGCAGCAGUACGAAGCGACAGCGAUCGAAACGGCAAUUUCGGCUCCUAUCCUAGCCUCUGUUCCUCUUCCUCUUCCUUCUCCUCCUCCUCAGCAAGCUCUCACCAGCCUCGGUCCACUAAUGACCGUGGUGCAGCCUUACCUCAAUCAAAAGGAUCGAGAUCUUGCACUCCAUUGCCUGCAGCCCGCAACCAAGCGCGAGACAGCACAACUCGUCGGCACCGUUGUCAGAGAGAGACUGCUACAGAUGCAGACAGCCGCAUGGUUCAGUUUCGGCUUCGUGACUGCAAAGGAUGAAGAGCAAGAAAGACAGCUAGCAGGGCUUUACGUCGCAAUAUUGAAGGAGGCCGAAGAUCCCGAAGCCGCAUUCCGCGAACUUCAUACUGCCUUGGAAACGCAUUCUAUGGUCAAAGUCUUCGAUAAGUACGAAUACAGCCAUUUCCGAAACUUGUUCCCCUACCUCAAGACCUUCCUCUCCAUACCACCCACCAAGCGCUCCACCGUCUGGCGCCUACGACAAUUCAUCCUGGAUCCGGUUGACGACGAGCCCCCGGCCUGUUUGCAGCGCGAUUACGGCUUCAAAUACUGUCGUCAGCGCGAGGAAGUCCUUCGCCUCAAGGAAAUAUACAUCAACAUACUGAAGAAGCUGGGCCCGCAAAAGCUGGAUGUGGCAUGUGUUAACGGCCGCCUUUCUGAGACGGCAAUGAAAGAGGGAGUUCAUGUUGAUCCGAAGGAUAGGCGGUUUCUGAAGAAUGACUACGGUUCACCGUUCCUGGGAGUGGACUGUGAAGGCGGCCUUGAGAACUACUGCGGCCCGUUCUACAGGAAGCCGUUGAAGCUGUAG